AUGAAACAUUUUAGAUUUUGUUCUUCGGAUAAUGACCUUCAACACUGUUCCUUUGUUACGGAAGAAAGCCCUAAACGUAUAAAGUUUGCCGUUGUACGAGAUCCUAUUGAUAGAUUCUUGAGCGGCUACGCUGAUAAAUGUUAUCCCAAACGUCUACCUCUUCCACCCGAGCGGUGCUUUGGUUGUGAACAAAACCUUAGCUGUUUCGUGGAAACACUACUGAGUAACCUUCGCAAUAUCACCCGAGAUCCCAACGCAACUAAGUAUAUGGAAACCUCUCACUUUGCUCCCCAAACAUGGUCUUGCAAUUUUAAAGAGCAUUUGCAUGAUUAUAUUAUAAUCAAGUACGAAAGCGGGCAACAAGGUAUCAGAAAUAUUGCUUUCCAAUUUGACGACAUAUUUCGGUUAGCUGGAGUUCCAAACUAUCAUCGAUCUGAAAUUCUUAAGGAGAUGCUGAGUGAGUUUUGUUAUGUGCGUCAUGUGUUUUAUUGCUUCCAUCAGUUCCAUUUCAUUUUCCGCAAAGUUACUCGUUUGCAGUUGGAAAAACUAUCCACUCAACAUCUGGCACAAAUUUGA